CCUUCCCGCCGGCGGAAGCGGGAGUGACGGCAGUGUCAGCGACGGCAAAAUGGCGGCGCCCAGCCUGCUGCGCGGUGGCCUUAGACGGUUGUUUACCGGGCUCUUUGGAAAUGGUUGGGCCUCGCCGCCGACCCGAGCCCUCCGGGAGGUUGUGGAGGUCACUGAAGGCAACACGACCACAAUUGAAGGGAGAAUUAUAGAGGAUGCUGAGACACCAAAUCCUCCAAACCCCUCUGGCCAGUGUCCCAUCUGUCGCUGGAACCUGAAGCAUAAGUAUGAUUAUGUGGACGUCUUGCUGCUGAGUCAGUUUAUCCGUUCUGAUGGAGGGAUGCUGCCACGAAGGAUCACAGGCCUCUGUUUCGAGGAGCACAGGAAGAUUGCUGUCUGUGUGCAGAUGGCUCACCGUGCAGGUUUGUUGCCAAACCACAGGCCUCCACUUCCUGAAGGGCAUAUUCCCAAGAAACCCAAGCUCAACAGCAGGCACCACCGGGAAGAGCCUGGCUCUGUUGUCUUUACACCCUCCUUUCAAGUAUUUAUAAACAUUGGUAAGACCCCCCUGAGCCUUCUUUUCUCCAGGCUGCUCCCUUCUCUCUUACGCUUUUGGUGCCUGGCCCCCAACAGCAGGAGGGUGCCCAGGAGGGGUACCAGCAGUGAGUGGGGGGCUGAGCGGCCAGCAGGGGCAAGCCUGUUCCCUUCUGCCCCAUCCCCUUUUCCCCCAGUCAGCGAUUUGCCCUCUGCCUGCCCUUCCUAUGCAACAGGGUCUCUUCCCCCUCCCCAGCCUGAAUGGCCCCUGGCCUUUGAUGGGCGAAGGGAAAGCCUGCUGCUGCCUCCUGCACUGUGCUGGGCGCUCAGAGGUGCUAAUCCCCUGUUUAUGACCUCACACUCUGUUUCCAUGGGGAUGUCAGAGCGGUUUAUGAACCUCGCAUUAGCAAGCCAUGGGGUUACCAGAGGCCAUGGGGCUGUUGCUGGGAGAGCUUAGGUUGCAAGGCUGGAGGCGGCUGGAGACUCCUGCAUUUCAGGUCUGACUCUCUGCAGUGGAGAUUUGAGGCAAGCUCUUGGAAAUGUCCCUUGGAUGCUGACAGGCUGCGUACUGGCUGUCAGUGAGGAUCAAAUUAGAGGACUCUAAAUUUGAUGCAGCCCUGUAACCAUCAGCUACUUCAAGUCUGAAAACUACUUCUUUCCUGUGUCUUACAGGUCUUUGGGAUUCUUAAGUAGCUGUGUCUAUCUAGCAGCUGUGGGGUGGAGCACAUUGUCUGGUUAGCAUUCACAUAGCAACCCUGCAUAACAGGUUGAGACAGGAAAUGGUAAAUCUUGUGUCUUGCUGGCAUCACACUAGGACUCCAGAUCUAAUGUCCUGACUCUUAUAAAUUGUUCCACAGACUUUUAGUGAGAACAAAGAACGGAUGCCUCUGGAUACAUUCUACAUGAAAGUAGGUGUGCUACACCUCUAAAAUCAAGAGAUUUAAAUUGGAGAUUACUAUCCAAGCCCUCCCUAUUGCAUUAUUAGUCCCUCCCUAUGCUGCCCUUGUUUUUCUCCUCCCAGCAAGGGAACGUAGCAAGCAGGAUGGAAGCAGAGUUUAGAAAAAGAGAGCACAGCUGUUGCUGAGGAGAUGGAACAGCACUGAAGUAGGCAAGCUUUGGGGUCUGGGUGGAGACGAGAAUGGGAUUGAAAGUUUUGGUGGUGGGGCUGGAACUAAACAAAUGAGUCCCAGAGCCAGGAUAGAGCACAGUGGUACUUCAGGAGUGCUCUCCUGGUCCCUCAUGAUACUGUCUUCUCAGCCUGCUGGAAGGGGAAUGCUCUGCGUGUUGGAGCCUUGUGAAAUCUUGGCCAUUGCGGUUCUGUGAGAGUUUUGACUGUGCAUACCCCCACCUACAUUUCCCGCAUUGCUCUCUGGAACAGUAGCUGACACCACAUAAGGCAGGAGAUACAAAUUGCUUCCUUCCUCUAGCCUGAAGGGAGGACUGAAGGGUACAUGCUGAAGACAUUCAACUAGUACUUAUUUGGGGAAUGAAGCCAAAGCUCUUACCAAAAGUUUCCCACAUAAAUGACUUGUCCAAGCUUACCUUGUCUUUGCCUCUGUACUUGUUUCUAAAGCUUUCUGUAAGUCUGUAGUAAUUUGGGAACCACUCAACCUGUGGUGCUGCCAAAUGCAAGUGAGCUGAUGGGAGGACAGGGGCAGAAUUGGGCUGGGACUUUUGAGUGGAACAAGCUGCCUUGUACAAUGCCAUGAGGACAUGACCAGAUCAUUCUCUAAUCCUGUCUAGCAUAAUAUCAGGGCUACACACCUAACUUAGCCUGUUCCUUCACUGUGUUUGUGUUGUCUGGGUUUUUAAGUGCCAGUUCAAGAAGGGAUCAACAGGAUCUACAGAGAGCCUAUUAUAGCAGGCAGUACAUUGCACAGUUAAGUAAGUGAUGUAUUUUCCAAAUCCUUGAGCUUCAGCUCUUCUUGGGAUCACUGUAUUGGCUGUUCUAGUCAUCUUCACCUCUCUGCUUAAAUGAGAGGUAACAGUGCCUUUUUGCACUGCUGCCGUAGCUCUGGAAUGCCAAUGGGGAAAAACUGAGGUGCCUCAUAAUAUGCUUGGGCCCCUUGUUAAAGCUCUUUCAAGAGAGGAACACAGGUAAUGUACAUUCUUUAACAUCAGUUUAACCAGCCCUUGUGCUCUCCAGCUCUGCCUGCAGUGAUGGCUGUUUCUGUGCUCCACCAGUGGGUCUACUCUGAGUGUGGUGUUGAAAUAUGCCCUUCUGCACCCCAUCCCCUCCAAAACAACCCUCACCACCCACAGUACAGGAGCAAACUGAAGUGCCCCUGUUUUAGAUGCUGGAGCUAUUGAAUUGUCACCAGCUGCUUGAGGGACCUUUAAUGUGAUCUGUGAAUGAACCAGGGAUUCUGGCGCAGCAGCAUGCCCAGUGCUGUGCACUGAUGCUUGCAAAGGUGAAAGAGGCGUCACUUUCUUGGCUCUGCAGGAGUCUGGUCCUCCUUGGUCAAAAGAAAGUAGUCAUGCGGAAACAAGCCAGUGAACAGAGAUGGAGACAAACUUCUAUCAGGGCUGCAAACUGGUAGUUCUCACAGGUGGCUAGUAGUAUCCAGUAUACUGAGAAUUUAGUCCAUUCCCAGUCACAUGUCCUCAUUCCUGCUGUCUCUCCCCCUCACUCAUCUGCACUUAAUCUCUUGCCAUCAGGAGCUUGCAUUGCACAUGGAAGAAAGCUUUGCUUACAGAAGACAGUUCCUGCUAUACUGUUCUAAAAUAGGAAGGUGCAAGGUGAAAAGAAUAGACAGUGCACUGUAGAGGCAUAUAGUCUCUCUCAAGACUGACAAUAAGCUUUGCCCUGCUGAAGGACAGCGUUUCUCUCAGAGUCUUAUCUGUUCUUUUGUGUGUUCACCCCUUCUGCCCUGAAAUUCCUUUCAUUGCCCCCCUGUAAGCGAUCUGUUGUCUAACUCUUCACUCUGAAUUGAGAAAUCUUUCACUUUUUUGAAGGAGGGAUUUCUGAGAAGUCACUGUCUACUACAGAUAUUACUCUACAUACUUCUAUGAGGAUUCCUACUAUCUGGGGACAGAAAAUCUUACACUGAGCUGAAGAAUGUUUUGCUGAUGGUAGAGCUCUUGACAUUAGACUACACCAUCAGCUGCUAGAGUGACAGUGUCUGGCAGGACCAAGAUGAAAGCCUAAGCUAACCUUAGGGACUGAUUCCGCUCACACCACCAGAGAUUGAAGGAGAUUCAUUGUGGGGAGUGUAACUUGAAGUGGGAGUCAGAGCCCAGCACCUCUGCUCUAAUACAGACCUGAGCAUUCACUUACUGCAUGUAGACUCUCUGGAUGUUCUGUAGACUCAGAGCAGCAACCCCUGCCUGGCAGAAGUCUGGCAGAUUACUUCAUUUGGAUGAGCAAUCCCUUUCAUUUCUCUCCAGUCUGGUAAAGUUCUGGUUGAUGCUUCCUUUGGCCAGGCUUCUUCCAAGGUUGUGUCAGUAUUUUUGAGAGCAGCUUCAUCUGCUGCCAAAAGAGGGACAAACCAGCCUGAUGAAAAACUGCUUUGUCUCUGUUCUUUGCCCCUGAGAUGAUAUACAGGCCAGCUGCAUAGGAGAAGCUCUGUGGCUCCUGGGCAAAGGUGCUAAGGAAGUACAUAAAGACGGGCUGAGGAGCUGCGUUAAUGUAUACUUUUGAGAGCACCAGAAAAGCUGCUCCUCAGCUUUUCCUUGGCUGCACGUGUGGCUGUCUUGGCCAGAAUAUUUGGCCCAUGUCACGGUCACCCUGUUUAAAGUGAGCCUGCUUCAAAUACAAAGUGUCUGGCAUGCAUUGGCUAUCACCUAGCUGAGAUUAAAAUGUAACAUGCCACCGUAUGGAACUAUCAGCAAACUGUCUGGUUUUAACAAGGGUCAGGGGUGCUACCCUGCCAUUGAUCUAGUGAUGUGAAUUGUGGAUUUAUCAUCCAGAAGCCCUCUGCCUGCUCUGCCCCUCCAGAAUGUGCUCUUCUGGUGCUUGCUCAAUGUUUUCCAAAAAGCAGAAUCCUUGCUCUAUUUUCUGAAGUGGUUUUAUCGUCUCCGUUGUAUGAACUUUGGACAUUCCCUCCUAUAUGCCCCAGAUUUCUCUGCAGAGAGGUAAGAAUUUCCCUGCUUUGCACUGGGUCACUUGGCAGCUGGCCUCCCACUACCCACCCCAUCUCCUGAUCCUGUUUCUACUACUGGAAUGCAAGAGGAAGAGCAGAAUGCUUUGGGAAGUAGCGGCCUGCAGAUCCUGCCUUGUUCUCAGUCUCCAGCUGUCUAGCACAGUAUGGGAUCACCCAUCCAGGAUGUAAUGUAACGUAGAGGAGGAGAUUAGGAGCUGCAGAAGAAGGUAUAACAUGAAGGUGAAAUGCCAGUUUGAGCCAAGCUGUGUGGUCCUGGGGGUGGUAGGAGACACAUGAGAACACCUUGUGGUCAGAAUUCAACUGGGCAGCACUCCGUAGCUCAUUCUUCUACCCCCUGCAGUUGGGACACUAUCCAGGUGAGACUUACCACGAUAUUUCUCAUUUUUUGGACUUUAGUUCUUUGCCUUUUUGUUUUCUGCCUGAUUUGUUUCUGACAACGAUAGCUCGUGAAUGUUACCACUUAACUGCUUUACUAGCUAUGGGUGCUUUUGAAGAAAUAUGGCCAUGGGAGUACCCACAUCAUCCAUAAACUCCUGAGUCUACUGUCCUCCUCCUCUCUUCCAUAUCAUUUGUCUGCACAACUUGGACAUGGAAAACCAAUGAAGUUUACCCCCAUCAAUGCAGAAUUACUCCCUACAGUUCAUUUUCUCAUGUUUGGCCCAGUCUGGGGCUUUCACUGUUUGCAAGGGAUGAUUCCACAAGCAAACUUGUCUUGCAGCUGAGGAUUGUUCCCUCAUCCUCAGCCUGAAUUCUCCCUUUCAUAACUUCCUGCUGUUAUUUCUGCAUCCAUUUGUGCUCCAGCCUGGCAUGCUCCAGUGAAGUGCUGCAGCAACAAAAUAUUUUCACUAGCCCAUGUGGCCAAGGAAGUUCUCAGGGAUUUCACCAGCACCGUGCAGAGUGACAGACUGUUCUCAUAUUCCAGAGUCAUGUGUGUGCAAGCCACCAGACACCAGAACCAUUUGGGAAAUGGUCAAGCACAGCUGCAGAACAAACUUCUAUCCUUGCUUUCAGGAAUGGAAACCUGAAUAGCUCAGCAGUUUUCUUUCCAGCAUGGAGGUUGUUGCAUGGAUAGGGUGGACUAACACUCUAUCCAGAACAGUCACUGAGUUCAAGCCAGCAUCUAGAUGCUCUCUUAAUGUGAAUAUAGCACUUAUUUUCUUCUGGCAGGUCUAAAAUACUGGUUAAAGCACAACACUCUGAAGUUGUUCCCUUUCCAGAAGGACUAAGGGAUGUCACAGGUUCCCCGAGUCUGGGCUCUGUCAGCAAGAGGUGCUAUAGAUCAUGGAGUACUUGAUUUUGAGUGCUCAGCUACCACUCCAUUUUCAGCUUCCUACUGGAAGAACAGAACUUGGCACAGAUAAUAUCCAAGUCAAUCGCUCUUCCAUCACCUGAACUGAAGAAGUUGCUAUGUGUUAGGAAAGAGGCAGGUUCCACAUGAACUCCUCAUGAAUUACAAAGUUCUCGGGCUCUGUAGACUCCUCUCGUCCCUGGGAGCAGAAUCUGGUUUCACUAUUGGCUUUUCACUCCAGCAGCAUGUGGUUUCUCUAAUCUGCAUGGAAACUGUGCUGUGCAUAGCAUGUGAAUUCAAAAGCAAAGAGCCAGAGCGGCUGCAGGUGAGCAAAGCCAAGGGGUGUCACGGGAAGGGAUGUGGCAGGGAGGAGGCAGUCUUGCCAGCACUUUGAUCGAGUGCUUCCUGCAGACUGUAGCCCUCUGCUUUCUGCUCUUAAUCCAAACAAAAGCCAGACUGAAAAAGUUCAGUGAGGGUUCAGAAGUUCAGCCUUGAACUGCACCAACAUGGCCUUUGCUUGGGCUGCAUGCAGGACUGCAGUUGCCCCACAGGUAUGUCCCACGGGUAUAUUCCCUUACCCAGCACAUGGAAGCCCUGUGCCUGCUCCUAGGGGUUAAGUGGCAGCCUCUGACUGGAAGGGCUUUGGGGCCCUCCUGCCUACUGAAUAAAAUCCAUGGAAACAUGUGCCACAGAGAUUUCAGGCGAUUGCAAUGACUGCAGGUGACUAACCAUAGUUGUUUCCAUCCUGUUUAUAGCUUGCCAUUUCCCAUCAGGAAAAUCCCACCAAGAUUCCCAUCACUUUAUCCAAACUACUCAUUUAUGCAGCUGGAGUCUGGGGAUUCUCGUUGUUCCCCAGGAUCCUACCAUACUCAAGGGGGCAAGCAGAGCCCCAAGGUGCAUUGCCAGUCCCAGAGAUUGGCAGUUCUGUCCCCUUUUGUCCAGAGUGAGAGCUCUGCAUACUGAGAUAACAGGAGACUGCGGACCAGCUGCAUUUGGCAUCCACAUGGAAGUUCCAUCCUGACAACACUCAGCUGGUUGAGAAAAUUCAGACCAUCUGCCAGUGUGUGUUUGUAGGUUGUUAUAAAAACUCCCCAAGACAAACUGUGUGGUUGGAUACAAUGGAAAGUCAGGUGACUUGGCUAGAGGGGGUAUACUACCUUACAUGGACAGCAGAGUUUGCAGAAAAGUCCUGUGUGCUGGACUUUGAAGCUCUCAUAUGUGAGUUUUGUGGAUUAUUUUUACUCUCAGAAAAAAGAUAAUCUGUGAAAUAGUACGAACUGGGGUUAGUCAAAGAGGAAAAGGAAAAAGGAACUUCAGACUUGACUGCUCCCAGGCAUCAGGCUUCUGCCACUGCUGAACCAAGGUAAAAAAAAAAAAAUUAAAAAAAGAGG